CAGAGCCCGAUACUUCAGGCGAACGAAACUUUGUUUUUGUUUAGUGAAGCUAAAAUCGUUUUGUUUUCGUUGUCAAAAUCUGGCAGUGGGAAAGGAGCUGCACAAUUUGGAUAGAGAAGCCAUCAUGGAUCCAACACCGCCGCUUCGCGCCACCAACAGUAUUAACCUACAGCAGGUGGCAAGCGCUCCACCACCACCGCCAACGGGGCAAAUCAUAGCUCCAUCGGGAGUGUUUCCUGGUUCCCUGACUCCCGGCUGGAAUGACCCGCCACCCGUUUCGUCGGAUUCGUCAAACAAUAGUCGUCCACGCCUAGAUCUUCGCAAACGCGUGGCCCACCCGCUGGACGGGAAGUCCUCUAGUGUCCAGCUGGAUCAGCCACAUCCACCAAUAUCUACAGCACAAGAGUCAUUCUUGCCGCGUCCCGUGGCCCUGGUAACACCCCAGCGCCAUAUUCCAAAUCCGGAUCCCAACAAUCCACCGGGCAGUGGAACGGAUGUGGGCGGAUUCGGAGCGGGACCGAAUGCCAAUGCUAUGCGCCUGCCACCGUUGGCCCACAGCAUCAGCAUCGAUCCCUCCAGGGUGGCCAAGGUUCCGCCAAGAGCGAAAUAGCAUGUAGUUAUCGCCAAUUCAGGGCCUAGGCUAAGGAACUUCAAAUUUAUGUGUUCAAUGGCGGGCUGGAAAAUCAAUUAUUUUUCUAUGUAAAACACUUAAGACACCUCACAAAAUACAAUCAGAAAUCAGAAUGAUGGGGAAUGGGACCUCCAAAAAGUAAA